CGUUCGUGCUGUCGGCAUACCAACAAGCAUCACAGCUGCUCGUCAAACACAGUGCAAUAGUUGUUCGGCGUUACUUCUGAUUUGCCGUGUUGCAAUCAUUAAAGAUUAGCCUUUACUUUGAACCCGUCUCGUUAUUUAAUUGUUAUUGUUAUUGUUGAGAAUCAACGUGUUGUGAUUUAAGUGACAUGGCUCCUACCGCACUCAUUCGCCAAGUGGUCAUUGACUUUAUCUGCCUCGCCAUUGUCUUCGUGGGCCUUCCGCUGAUCCCGGAGAAAGCUUGGAGUACGCCGCUUCGGGGCUUCUUCUGCGAUGACCCGGACAUCCGCUACCCGUACCUGGAUUCCUCUCUAUCUCGUAAACUCGUCGGUGGAGUCGGAUAUAUUGGUCCGAUAGUGACGAUGUUCAUUGUGGAAGUGGUUCGUUGGAGACACAACUCAAAGUCUAAAAAUUUGAGCAGACAAAACAGUUGCUCCACAAUCAAUCUUUCAUCGUCAAUUCGAAUUCCAUCGGUGAUUGCCGAAAUCAUUCACCUGGUAGCCAUCUUCCUCUUCGGUGCAGCCUGCUCUCAGCUAGUAACAGAUUUUGGCAAAUAUACCAUCGGUCGCCUCCGUCCCCAUUUUAUUGCCGUCUGUCAGCCGGAAAACCUAGCGGAAUUGUGCUCGUCGAACGCGCCACACACGUACAUCACCAAUUACAAAUGUACGGGUAGUGACGAAGAUCUCGUCCGAGAAUCUAGAUUGUCUUUCCCAUCUGGCCAUGCUUCCUUUUCGGCUUACACGAUGCUGUUUUUGGCUUUGUAUCUCCAGCGCAGGAUGAACUGGUCUGGCUCAAAAUUGCUCCGACCCACCAUCCAGAUCUCUGCAUUGUUGCUUUCUUGGUAUACUGGCCUUACACGCGUUUCCGACUACAAACAUCACUGGAGCGACGUGUUGUCGGGAUUCCUCAUCGGCGCCAUCGCUGCUUCCUUAACGGCGCUCUACGUCUCCAGGCUUUUCAAAAUGUCUUCCCGGGACAAUUCAGAAUUUUUGCCUCAACAUAAAGGAGAUAUUGAAUUAGUAGAUGAUCUUGAACCACCUUCGGCUAACAAGUGACUACUACAUCCUCUUUGAUUGGUAAUAACGAAAUUUACUGCACGCAUAAAUGAGAUGCCACUGCCAACCACAACCCAGCAGACUAUUUUAAAUUAGUUAAGAACUAUUGACAAAUUCAAAGUAAUAUAAAUAACUGGCUUUGUUUAUAACCAUAACGCCCCCGUGAUCACACAUUUAGGUGCCUUUCGUUUUUUGUCAAACGUAUUAUUAUUAUUUAGUGCAACAGCCACCCGAUACAACAUUCACAAUUGCUCUUUAACAUUAACUUACAGCUUUCGCGAUUGCAAACUGUAAAAAGAGAGAUCGAAUUCAUGCUCACCGCACAACCACGUUGCCAUGUAACAAUACACACGGUUUUUCGCGAA